GCUUGGCGAAACAUGGCGGCGACGGAAGUGGAUGAGUUGACGACGCAUGUGACGACGUUCCUACGUAUCUUGCAGAGUUCGCAGACACAAGAACUGCAUGAAUGGAAUGCGGCUGCGAUGCAUCGGGCGUGGGACUGGGCAGUGUUUGUUGCCGGGGCCGUGCGGGAUCUGGAUCAGUCACACAAGGCACGCAUGAACACUUCCUUUCGAUACAACACGGUUCCCAUGUUGUCUCGUAAGAUCGCGUUCGACAUAGUCAUACUUGAACAAGCGCCAAACGAGUUUGUCCGAGCCAUCGUGUGCAGUCCAUACCUGCUUACCCAUCCGCUUCGGGCCGACAUUGUGCAGUGCGUCGUGGGCUAUUACCCCAAGCUCUCCGACUACGAGCACAAACAACCCACGAAAGGCUCAUCAGCAUCCAGUCGUCUCUUUGCGGAUAUCGCCACUCGACUAAGCUUGAUGCAGUCAGCGCAAGGACUCAUGCGCAUCGCCACCAUUCUCGCCCAAGCGCACCCGACGACGUCCGUCGUUUUGGGCUCCAGGUCCCUUGUUAUUCCAUCAUACGAAGCAUGGAGGUCUCAGCCCGCCACCCUUCAGAUAAUGGCCUUGGCGCAUGAAUUUCAACGCCAAGCUCUUGCUCGAGAAGCCCGCAACAGUUCGGACGGCCAGGUCGAAGCGUACAUUGGUCAAGUUGAAGAGUUCUUUAACUCGAGUUGCGCGACAAGUAGCUCAUGGAGCGUGGGCAAGUCCUUGGUGGUGCAAGCGACAUUGCUGCGAUGGCCAGACGAUGCAAUCGUAACACAGCAGCGACUCUUGGGGGUUGUCCACGGAUCCGUUGCGCAGAAACCAACGAGACUUUUGGAACUGAGCCCGUGGCUGGCUGGCGAUCUCUGUCGCGUAAGGCCAUCCCUCGCCAAAGAGUACUUGCCAUGCUUGGUAGCUUACGCUGGCCCAGCGAAUACGACUGCAGAGUGGCCGCCCGUUUCAAUCGACGAACGUUUGGGAUGUUUGGUGGCGGGUAGUUCUAGCCUCACAGAGUUUUGCGAAGCGUGCCUGGCCCACUCAGGCCUUCAUGACACGCUAGCUAGCCUAGCCUAGCCAUUGUGUCAUAAUCCCAGCAGUGGAUUGUGUGU